ACAACGUUUGCGGUCCCUCUUUCGUGUGAAGACUGCAUCGAAGAUAUUUCUUGGGCGCUUCACAAGUUGGAUGGCACAACGGCUCCGUCGGCAAUUGUUGCUGCAAUACAAGCAACGGGCCGAGAUGCUAUUCUACGAGGCAGCGGGACUUCCGACACGGAUGAUUCUGACGUGUCAUACGUAGGCGCAUCUGUAUGCAUUCUAGAAUCUCAUGCUCCUAAUAUGGAGAACAAAGUAAAAGGUCUGGUACGAAUGGUUCAGGUUGCUCCAAACCUUACUAUUAUCGAUCUGAGCAUAAGAGGUGUAUCACCAGGCAACUACCACGCCACAGUGCGCGAGAAUGGCGAUAUAUCGCAAGGUCCAGAGUCCACGGGCGGAGUCUGGGAAACAGUCAGCGCCGGCCAGGAAGACAGGCCUUGUAGAGGUGUCUUGGGACCAGUCGAAGUAGGUCAAAGUGGCCUUGGAACCGUGUUCCUCGACAAGCCAAUUCAAAUAUGGGAGCUGAUCGGCCGAAGCAUUGUCGUGUCUCAACAGCGAGAAGGCAAGUUUGACAAAAAUGAUCGAGAUACCAUUGUUGGUGUCAUUGCUCGAAGCGCUGGCUUAUGGGACAACGACAAGAUGGUAUGUUCGUGCUCUGGUAAGACUGUCUGGGAAGAAAGAAAAGAGCAGUCGGAACGUGGCAUGCUCUGA